CCGGCUCCCCUUAACCGGAAGUUCGGGUUGUUCUGCAGUCAGUUCCUACUUUCUUUUUCAAGAUGUCCAAGUACAAAACAGUAAUUUGGCCUAAAGUGAUUUUAUUUGGGGACUCCAUCACACAGUUUUCCUUUCAAGCCAAUGGCUGGGGUGCAGAAAUUGCCAACAAAUUAGCAAGAACGUGCGAUGUUGAAAACAGAGGACUGUCUGGCUACAACUCCAGAUGGGCCAAGAUAGUUCUUCCUCGCCUCAUCGACACCCAAAACCCAGCAGACAACAACAUAGCUGCUGUCACUGUCUUCUUUGGAGCCAACGACUGCGCACUGGAAGAUAAAAACCCCCAACAGCACGUCCCCCUGCAGGAAUAUUCAGAGAACCUGAAGGCGAUCACCAGGCUCCUGGCGUCAGCUGGAGUGUCAGCAGACAGAGUCAUCUUCAUCACUCCUCCACCUCUUCAUGAGCCAGCCUGGGAGAAGGAGUGCAUUUUGAAAGGAUGUGCUCUCAAUCGCCACAACUCUGUAGCUGGCCUGUAUGCCCAGGCGUGCGUCCAGACUGCUGGCGAGUGUGGUACAGACGUCUUGGACCUCUGGACACUCAUGCAGAAAGAUGGACAGGAUUACACAGCCUACCUGUCCGACGGACUGCAUCUCUCAGAGAAGGGAAACAAGUUUGUGGCUGAGAAGCUGUGGAGGCUUCUGGAGAGUCGUGUGACUGACCUUCCCUUUCUCCUGCCCUACUGGGGAGACAUCGAUGCCAAGAGCCCCGAGAGCAGCCUCCUCUGUGACCAGUGAAGGAGAGGACGUUGGAAAAACAUCUUCCAUUAAGGUCCUACAAGGCUGAUUAUUCUGUGGAGAACAUAACACUCAGCGGCAUUCAUGUGUUGCACUUGUUAAACUGCGAGCCAGACACGACUGCAUUCCGGUUAUGAAACCAUGAAGCAGCUGUGAUGUGUAUAUGUCAAAUGCAAGACCAUGUAUUCAAGUUUAAAAUGCACAAUAAAGAUUUUUAUUUUGA